GAUAUUUGUUUUGGUGAAUGCGUCAUGUGUGUUGACGUUGGAGUUUGUUAUGAUGAAAGUUAAGCGAAGCGAUGAAGAGUUUUCUCGGCUGUGGUGUUGGUGGUAAAGGCGUAUGAAACAGAGCGCAAUUACGUGCUUGUUUGGUUCCUUUUCCGUGACUUUUCAGCAUCAGUUUUGAGAAAAAUGAAGAAAAUGACAGGUCAAUUCCGCAAUACAACGUGGGAUCCAAUACUGAUUAUAUCGCAAAUCGUAGCCUUACAAAGUGUAAUGUAUGUUGGUCUCGGACUGUGGAUCACCAUCGUAGAUUUUAUCGUCGGAUCAUCUCGCUCAUUAGACCACAUAUUUAAGUAUCAGGAGGUUCAUGUACGAGAUGUUAAUGGAAAAUUAAUCAUUACUGCAUUUGUCUUAAAUGCUCUUGUUGGUGCUCUAGGACUGUGGUUUAUUGUGCAGCGUACAAAGCAGUGCUUGGAUUUUUCUUGUACAGCUCACCUAAUACACCUCAUUAUAUGCUGGUACUACAACAGCCACUUCCCAAGUGCUUUCUCAUGGUGGUUGUUGAAUAUAGUGUGCCUCACAAUCAUGUGUGUGUGUGGAGAAUUUCUUUGCAUGAGGACAGAACUACAAGCAAUUCCUUUAAAUAUGGGACCUAAAGCAGACCUGUGAUGAUUAAUGGUGCAACAGAUGACUUUAAAUUUCCAUGUUUGUGCUCGUUUUACUAGGAGAAAUGUAACAUUUGUCUUAAAAAUAAAAAUGUUCUACAGCUGCAAA